GGUUAAUUCUUCAACCUAAAAUCCGAGGUUCGCAUUGGGUGUGUCCGAACCGAAUCUAACAGGAAGAAACGCAGCUGUCAGACUUGGUACAAUUAACUUCUGCAUUCAUCAGACAGAGCGAGAACAAAGCAUCUACGAUUGUCAUCAAAUUCUCCGGCAAAUCACAAAAUGGAGGGUUGGGAUCCGAAUACGAAAUCAACCCUCACGCAGAUCCCGUUGUUGACCACCAAAGCCGGUCCACGCGACGGCGCGGCAUGGACAAGCCGUUUAAAGGAAGAGUACAAGGCCCUAAUCGCCUAUACAUCAAUGAACAAAUCCAAAGACAACGAUUGGUUCCGUAUCUCUGCAGCUAAUCCUGAAGGUACUCGUUGGAAGGGUAAGUGUUGGUACGUGCAUAACCUUCUCAAGUACGAGUUUGAUCUCCAGUUCGAUAUUCCUGUUACUUAUCCAGCCACUGCUCCUGAACUCGAAUUGCCUGAACUCGAUGGCAAAACUGAAAAGAUGUAUAGAGGAGGGAAAAUAUGCUUAACGGUGCAUUUCAAGCCGCUUUGGGCGAAGAAUUGCCCCAGAUUUGGCAUAGCACAUGCGCUCUGUUUGGGUCUUGCACCAUGGCUUGCAGCGGAGAUUCCUAUUCUUGUUGAUUCUGGCAUGAUUAAACACAAAGAUGACGUGGCCUCAUCCAGUGAAUCUUGACAAGGAGAUGAAUUUAAAGUAUUGAUGAAACGUAAUCUCAGGAUACAACUGUAAACUUUAUGGACGUCUUUGAAAUUGUACCUUUUCCCCUCAAAUCCAUCAUAAAAUGAAUAAUAUUGCGGAGUCAAAGUUUCAUGUGCUUUAUGCCCUCAAUUUGUUUGGACUAGUGGUUCUGUUCCUUCUUUACAUGAAUGAUAUUGAGCAGGCAAAAUGUCAUGUUAUUAGAAACUGUUGCUUUUGCCAGAUUGUAUUAGAGCCUCGUGAAACAGGAACUUUGAGAUGCUACUGUUAUUUGCUGAGUUAAUUGAACAUCAGCAUUAUGCCUCAAUUUUUGGAUUAGU